AUGGAGCGUUCGACUCUACUGGUAGGCACGAUUUUUAUUUCAUCGUUUUUCUUGAUCAUAACACUGUGGAAUGAAGCAAGCUAUCCACGAUUCAAGCCUUGGAACAAAACAAGCCAUCCACGAUUCAAGCCUUGGAAUGAAACGAGCAACAGGACAGAAAUCGCAUCCGAUCGAACUUGCUUCAGUAAUGACACCAAAAUCAUUUUGUUCUACACUCCUUUUUUUGGUGACAAACCAUGGCCCACAGCCAAAUCCACGGAAGAGUAUCUUUCGAAAUGUCCGACAAAAAAAUGCAAAAUAACCUAUGAUGUACGCGAUAUAGGAAAAAGUGAUCUAGUUAUUUUUCAUGUUCGUGAUAUACUACGUUCUGUUACAUCGGAAAAAAUUCAACAGAUUCACAAGAACCGGUCCCCACAGCAAAGAAUGGCAUUUCUUACCCAUGAAUCCAUUGUCAAUGAGGCAGAUUUAAGGAACCGUCUUUCUUGGCCGGAGGGGUUCUUUAAUUGGACAAUAUCUUACAAAAGGGAGUCAGAUAUUUACUAUCCUUAUGGAGGUUAUUUUCCCUUGCCGUCAGCUGAGAGACCAGCGAAAAUUCCUAACUAUGCAGCUGGGAAAACCAAAUCUGUGUCAUGGGCUGUUUCAAAUUGUGGAAGAGCUCGAGAUAAGUACGUAAAAAAACUUUUGAAAUACAUGAAAGUUGAUAUAUAUGGCCGCUGUUCGGGAAAAUUUGGCCAAAACAAUAAUUGCCCGCGAUCAAGAAAUUGCGAUGAUAUUUUCAGCUCAUAUAAAUUUUAUCUGGCAUUUGAAAACAGCGUGUGUCCUGAUUACAUUACUGAGAAAUUUUGGCGCACAUUUGGUUGGAAUUCAGUGCCUAUAACACUGACAAGAGAUUUCUAUACACCAGAUAUAGUCCCUCCAGGCUCGUUUAUAAGUGUGCAAGACUUUCCAUCUAUUAAGGCUUUAGCGGAAUACCUGUUGUACCUCGACAAAAAUGACACUGCUUAUAAUGAAUACUUCACAUGGAAAAAUGAAUUCGUCUCUAGACUGGUGAAUGGAUUUCCACAUACAGCCUGUGACAUAUGUGAUGCUCUUCACGAUGAAUGUGUUAAACCCAAAUUUUAUAAAGAUAUAUUCAAAACUUAUUGGAACGAUGGUGCUCGUUGCAAUGAAAACGAGAGGAAACUUUUACAACUUAUAGAUAGUGAGGAAGAGUGAUCAAUGUAAGUCAAAAAUCCAUGCAGCCUAGUCUGGGGUAAUUGUGGCAAAAAAUUAUCUAACAAGCUACUAAAACUACAAAACCGAGCUGCACGUGUAAAAAAUUCAUCAAACUAUGACGUAGAUGUCGAAUCCUCGGUUCGCGAAUAUCUCACGUGUAAAUUUAUAAGGUAAAAUGAAUCAAACUAUUCUCUGAGGGACUCGGUAAACAAACUUGUUGUCCCCUUUCCAAGAACUAACUACUUGAAAAAUAGUUUUAGUUAUAGCGGCGCAACCCCAUGGAAUAGCUUACCCUGUAAAAUUAGAGAGUCUGGUUCAUUUUACCAAUUUAAAUGCCUUCUCUAUCAUAAUUUUUAAAAACGGCAUUCACGGAAAUCAGGUUUUUAAGUGGCACAUUGUUGUAAGUUAA